AUUGGGCCUUCUAAAAGCCCAUAUAAAUAUCCAUCAUCUUAACCCGACCCGGACCAAAACUGUGAAAUAUCGAAUAUAGCCAUACCCUCCCUCCUCUCCCCUCUCUAGUUUUCCUGUCAGCUUGUGUGCGAAAAUCAGUAAUGGCGAGGAUGAUGCAAUGGUGCGGCGCUGUGGCAAGGCGGAUGAUGGCGGCUCAGCCGGAACCAACGGCAAGCAGAGUUGGGGUGGGAGCGACGCCGAUCCUGUGUGGGAGAGGGGAUAAGAGGACAAAGAGAGGGAAGAGAUUCAAGGGAUCAUACGGAAAUUCGAGGCCGAAGAAGGACAAGAAGAUUGAAAGAACCCAGGACAAGGUUGAGGUCCCCAGGUCGACCCCUUGGCCUCUCCCCUUCAAGCUUAUCUAAUUUUCAUUGUUACUUCUUUUCUUUUCACGCUCUCUGCGUCUCCAGUGACAUGUAGCUCUUCUUGUUGGUAUUUGGCUUAGGGUUUGUACGUUCUCUUCCAUCAGAAAUAUAUGUACAUUUCCUUGGUUUACAA